AUGAAACUAUCAGCAAUAUUACCUUUCCUCUUUGACCGCAUCAUUUGCGUCAUACUGCUGGUGAUGGGCCUUACCACUCCCGGACAAGCAGAAAUCACCAGUUUGGACUCAGCCAACAUUGACGACGUCUUAAAUAAUGCUGGCGUUUCCUUAGUUAACUUUUAUGCUGACUGGUGCAGAUUUAGUCAGAUGCUCCAUCCCAUCUUUGAGGAGGCGUCUAAUAUCAUGCGGGAGGAGUUCCCUGACACCAAGCAGGUGGUGUUUGCUCGAGUUGACUGCGACCAGCAUUCCGACAUAGCGCAGCGCUACCGCAUCAGUAAGUACCCCACGCUGAAGCUGUUCCGCAACGGCAUGAUGAUGAAGCGGGAGUACAGGGGUCAGAGGUCAGUGGUGGCCAUCGCCGACUUCAUCCGCCAGCAGCAGGUUGACCCCGUGAAAGAGAUCCACUCCCUGGAGGAGCUGAAGACUGUGGAUAGGAGCAAAAGGAACAUCAUUGGAUACUUUGAGAAGAAAGACUCUGACAACUACCACACCUUUGAAAAAGUCUCCAACAUCCUCCGAGAUGACUGCGUCUUUAUGGCUGCUUUCGGAUCAGUGUCCGAGUCGGAGCGCUUCAGCGGGGACAACGUCAUCUACAAGCCGGUUGGGGAGAGCAUCCCCGAUAUGGUUUACCUCGGCUCCCUCACCAACUUUGACCUGACCUACGCUUGGGCUCAGGACAAGUGUGUGCCUCUGGUUAGGGAGAUCACCUUUGAAAACGGGGAGGAGCUCACCGAAGAAGGCAUCCCUUUCCUUAUCCUGUUCCAUCUCAAAGAAGACAAUGAGAGCUUAGAGAAGUUCCAGCAAGAAGUAGCUCGUCAGCUCAUCAGCGAGAAAGGGUCCAUCAACUUCCUGCACGCGGACUGCGACAAGUUCCGCCAUCCUCUCCUCCAUAUCCAGAAAACUCCUGCCGACUGUCCCGUUAUUGCUAUUGACUCGUUCAGGCACAUGUAUGUGUUCCCGGACUAUAAAGACCUCAAUAUUCCUGGCAAGCUGAAACAGUUCGUGUUGGACCUUCACUCCGGAAAACUACACAGAGAGUUCCACCACGGUCCGGAUCCCACGGACAGCACGCCCGGACAGGAGGAGAUCGGGGGCGACGGGGCCAGCAAACCCCCACAGAGCUCCUUCCAAAAGCUGGCGCCCAGCGAGACUCGCUACACCAUCCUUGGACGGGACCGCGAUGAGCUGUGACCCCAGCCGCCUUUCCUACCAGUCACCCUUUUUGACUCAGUGCCACACCUCGGGGGGUGGGGACGUCCGGGGAGGGGAGCUUUGGGUCAGGACACAGGCCAGCGGGACAGAACAGCAACACCCAACACCCUUACUUAAAAGAGAGAUGAAGAACUGGAGAAGAGAAAGAGUGAUAGUGCAAAGCCCAUGACACAACCAUGUUGGAAUAGCCUAUAUUUUCUUAACUUGUAACAUUUUAUUUGGAUUCUGGGGAAAGGUGAAGACUUAAGUGCGUGGGUGUGGGGGUAGAAGCAUGAGAAGUAUUUUUAUGUUUAUUUGUUUUUUUUUUUUUCAAGCUUGUACAUAUGUUUUUGUUCCUUGGCAUUUGUUGAUCUAAAUUAAAUGCACCGUUAUUUUUCUUUGUUGAUUCUAUUCACCCGUCACUCCACUUGUUCUCUAACGUGGCUCUUUUCCACCAAGGUUACUCCGACGCCGCCUCAUGUGGGUGAUACUCAUUAUGUCUUCGUAAAAGCACAAGACGAUAUUUUGAAGUAGUAGCAUCUUCUCUCUCUCUCUGCAAGAUUUCUGAAGGAUUAGAAACAUGUCAGCUACUUGAUACUACUUGUUUCGAGCUAGGUGUAGGGAAACUGUAAGUAGAUUUGCCGUGCUUUUCUCAAAACAAAAACAUCAGAGGAACUGUAAUAAAAAGACUGAAAACACGUGGCCCAUGAAGGCACAUUAAUAUACACUCCUCCCAAAAUAGCAGAAUAGGAUAUUGGGCUUUUGGUUGAAAAUUGACAGCGAACCUCAAAUUCACAUGAACACGUGAACUCAAAUUGACCUGUAAACAUUUGAAUGAGCUGUGAAGUGUUUCAGUACUUUUGCACAACUUGCUGUUCUGUCACAAGCUGAAUGGCAAAAUUCAAGUGUUUGAUCCAUGAAUGCACUGAUGCAUUCCCUGCUUCAAUUAGAAUUGGCAUUUAAACAGGUGUGGUCAUCAUGUCGCUCACGUUUCAACAUCAUGAAACCAGGACAACACCUAACAAUUGACCAAGAGAUUCAAAUAGAAUGUUCUCAGAAUGAUGUGGCCACUGAGCUGAGUCAUCACCAAGUUGCAACAGACACUGGAAGUGUCACAGAAAGGCAUAGAAGUAGACUGUGGAUAUUGUGAACAGUUGUGAAUUAUGCCAGCAGCAUAUCACAGUUGGACAUUGCAUCCAGAAGUUUUGAGAAGCUCAAAUAACCUGGCAAUGGGUUCAUCUUGAAAUUUCAUGUGAAACCCGCCUACAUUGGAUCCCCUUCAUGUUUCUGGUUUAUUGUAAUGAAUCUGUUUUUUUCUUUUUUUGCAGAAACCCCUUCAUGCCUUGUUUUGCAUGUGUAAACUUGAGUUUUCCUGCUUUUUUUCCCCCCCAUGGCAAUUUUAAAAGGUGUCACUUGGUCAUGAACAAUGGGGCCACUGUCUGAACUAACCUUUUGUGAGUUGUUUGUAUAAUUUAUAUUGAAAACAACCACCACCACAAAUCUAGCACCAAGACUGAAACAGCCCCAGAUAGGAAAAAGGUUCCCUACCCCUGACUAAGAUCGUCAGAGUUUAGCACAGCACUCUGAAGAGAGAUGAAUCCUGUGAGUUUUGCGAAAGUGGCUCGAAUUAAUUGUCUUUCUUUUCACUUAAAAAAAGAAAAAAAGAUGCUUUUCAGAGAACAACAUUUUUUUUUGUCUCUUUCCAAUGCUGGGCACCCACGAGAAUGUUUGAUCCAGAAGGCCAUGCAAAAAAACAAAUCAAGUAAAUUGACCUCAAACCCACAAAUGCUCAUCAUUUGAUCGUCAUUGUUUUACAAAGGAGGAAUCUUCCCUACCCCUACACAAAAUCAUUACUUA